UAGAACGAUGGUUCAGUGUGUGUUGAGCCGGCGUUGAUCGCCGUUCGUCGUUCGGGGCGUAUCGGUGUAAUCGUGAUACGUGCGGAUGAGUCACGAUUCCUCCUCAAAAGAAAAAGAAAAAAAAAAGAAAAACGCCUCGUGGGCGUUGGUGAAUCGUUCCACUCGAAAAAUCACGCGACGUGUAUUUAAGUCGAACGUUAAAUAUAACGUUGAGCGAGGGGAAAAUCAAGCGAGUGUGUGACAACGUGAGAUUUGACAGCGUGUUGAAGCCGGGAGGCGUAUGUUGCUCUCCUGGAAGUUCGAUCGACGUGAACACAAUCGGGAGAAGAAUUGUCGUGAGGGAUGGUUUGAGACACCGGUGGAGUGGUUUCAUUCAAGGGUGAAAGGGCACACGAGCAGAUCGAGGCAUGUCCAAGUAUUGGCUGAACGUGGCCCUCAUCAGGGUCGUGUUGCCGCUCGUCUUCACCGGAUGUGCGGUAUGGAGGCCUGUAGGAUUGUCACUAGUUUAUUUGGCUCUGAUGCUAUAUUCGCCCCACGUGCCAAUACCGGACGCAAAAACAAUGGCCGGCCACACGGGCCACUAUUUAAAAACUUGCAUCGGCCUGUCUUUUCUCACAACAACCAGCCAAAUCACUUUCCACAUAGUUUUAUUGGCCCUGCCCAGUUACGGACACUUCCUUCACAAUUGCGAACCUAUGGAAGUGAUCUUCAGACACUUAGGUUUCGUAAGGCUAGAUGGCGCGACCGAGUGGGAGAUAUUCUUCUGGUUGACACCGGAAUUAAUCGUCUUACCUACUAGUAUAAUAAUAUAUUUCAUAUGUCGUUUCCUAUCGCAAAAAACGAUCACUGAAGAAGGCGAUGCCUCGUUGCAUCAAAACGUCGAGGCCUCGAAGAAAAUUGUGGACGCAAAUAUUAAGAUCAUCAACUUCUUAGGACGCAUAGGAACUUACGUGGUUCUGGCAUCGUUAUGCAUCACAGCAUCUCUGAGGCCAUCGAUAGAAGGGGGUUUCUAUUUCCUCAUCUUCUUGGGAGCUUCGACCUGGUGGGCGUGCAACAAAGAGCUUCGAAAAGGCUUCGCCAGGCUGUGCAGGAUCGUGAUGGCAGUGGUGGUCCUUCACAUCCUGUUUCUGCUCAGCUACCAGAAUCAAAUACCUCAAGAAUUAAUACCCGUGAACAGCACUUGGCAACGAUACCUUGCCCUGAUUCCUGUCUAUCAAAUGAACUGCUCCAAUCCAAGAUACGUGGAGUACACCAAUGAUACCGAUUGGCUGAUUUACGGAUACUCCCUGAGACUGUUCUGGCUUUUCGUUUUGGCGUUGCAAUCACAGUUCCUGAGCAAAAAGCCGAACGUUGCUUUUACUAACGAGGCGUUCCAGGCAAAGAAAGUGAAACGUUUGAGCGGAAAACUGGAGAACCUGAACACUCCGUUGUCCAGGCACGUUUCCAUCAGGAGAAGGACACCAUCUCAAAGAUGGCAAUCGGCGCGACGAAAGGCUCGCUUGAUGCGAUUUGGGUCCGGGAGAACGGGGCUACUACAAGAUUCAACCGGAAGCGUCAUCGUUCAGGAUGGCCAUCAGGAUGACAAUAUUCAGAUGCAAAGUCUCAGCGAUGCUGGCGCAGAUGAGCAAUCUGGAGUUAUCGAGCAUAUCAUCAUGGCCGUAUACUCGAUCUUCCAGUUGAUAAUUAAGUCGUCUUAUCUUGCCACGAAUAUCAUAAUGAUGACGUGGAGUAUAAUGUAUCACAGUUGGACAACCUUUGCACUCUUAUUAUGGGCAUUGAUCCUUUGGAUGGUACCUAAUAAAGGCGCUUUGAUGAUGAAGUGCUCUCCUUUCAUCGCUUUUUACUCAAUGCUCCUUGUCAUCGUGCAAUACGUUUAUAGCAUGGAUUUGACCGAAGAAGAAUUACCAACGCAAAUAAACGGGAUAAAAGUGUCAGAGAUCGGUUUCAUCAAAACUGAUCAGCUAAGUUGCUGGCAUCUAGUGGUCAAAUGUCUAUUCCUAUCGAUAUUCUGGAUUACCAUGAGACAAUACAUGGUCGAAAGAUCCAGGCAGAGACGUUCCUCGGCAUUGAGAGACAUGGUGGCACCAUUGCACGUGUCUGUUUCGACAGCUACCACAGCGAUGAAUCACGAAGCACCUGAAAUUAAAAGCAAAUUCAUGCUGGAUGUCGGUAUACUUUUGAAAAGAUUGUUGACCAAGUUUUGGAUCGCAGUGGUGACCAUCAUGCUGUUCAUUUGUGGAAUCACUGGUGAACGUAUGACGGUGUUCAGGAUCAUUUACAUGUCUCUCUUCCUUGUUCUAGUCAUUACGUUCCAGAUAUCUUGGACAAUUUGGAGAAAGAUGAUGUACCCAUUCUGGCUUACAGUUAUCGGUUAUUCCAUAAUCAUGCUGAUUCUUGUAUAUACUUAUCAAUUUCACAAUUUUCCAGAAUAUUGGAAUUAUUUGCAUAUCGACGAGAAUUUGCAAAAAGAUAUCGGCUUAGAAAAAUACGAGAUUAAGGAUCUUUUCGUUCGAUUACUCACACCAACCUUCUUUGUAAUUAUUACGGUCCUUCAGAUCCAUUAUUUCCACAAAGAUUUCUUAGAAAUGACCGAUCUCGAAAAAUUCGGAACCGAGGAACCUCAAAUCGAACAACCGAGCCUUGGCCAUGCACCGAUUUUAGCUAUACCACCAUCCUCUCCAGAACAAAUUUUUCUCAAUGAAGAAAAACCUAAAUACACGUUGAAACAGUUAAAACGCAUGUCUAAAAUAGAAUUAUUAGCGUUAUUUGGCGAUAUAAUAACGCGCGUAAAAAGUGUUUAUAACUACAUUUGGCUCUUCUUCGAAAUUCAUAUGCAAAAGAUCAUUUUUAUUUCUGUGAUGCUUCUCUGCGUCAACGAUGUCUGUGCUAUUAAUUUAAUAUUCGUAUUGAUAUCGGUUAUAAUGAUCAAUUUUCGAAGAAACAUUCAAAUAUGCACCGUGAAUAUAAUAGCGGCGAUAAUCGGUAUUUUAAUGGUUGGAAAAAUGCUGUAUCAAAUUCAAUAUAUCAAUCACAGCAAUUGGAAUAUUAAUUGCACGGUAUUUCCAGAGAAUCAGCGAUAUAGCAGCAAUAACACGAUGUACAACAUAGCAGAAUGGUUUGGACUAAAGAAAGCCGAGCCAGGAAAUCUGGCGGAAUUAUUGAAAGGCUACAUAGGAAUCAUAGUGGUGACCACUCUAAGAAAGAUAAUUAGAAUUCGACAAUGUUUCUACAGAAAAGCACGAGGAGAACCUUUGGACAGGCCUUAUGUCAUGUUCCCCUCGAUCACCAGACAAAACGCUGACGAAGGGAUAUUGGAAUGCUUGAAAUUCCUUUUCAAUUACGCAUUCUACAAGUUUGGCGUCGAAUUCUGUUUGAUAGGAAUCGUGGCGCUUAUCGCUACCAGACUCGAUUUCUAUUCGGUCCUCUAUGGCAUUUGGCUUUUAAUAUUGUUCUGUCUGAGGAGAAAAACUUUAUCAAAAAUUUGGCCCUUCUUCAAGAUUUUCAUUAUAAUUCUCCUACCUAUUCAAUAUGCUUUCGUCGUUGCACCUCCCCCGUGGCUUUGCAUAGAUUACCCAUGGGAAAAAUCCAGAAUUUUGAGGGUAUUACAGGAAUGGAUGUAUCUGCCGGAUCCUGAUUUUCCACCUAAUGCUAGGAAAUUAAUAUGUGAUUUUUUGCUAUUAAUGAUGAUCGUCAGGCAAAGUCUCGUUUUCAAAAUCGAAAAGCGAUGCGAGGCAACUGGCGAAGAGUUUCCAGCCGGUCACAAUUAUUCCGUGUACGAAAACAUAGAGAAACCAAAUUUCGUGAAUCCUGUGAAGGAUUUCGUGUCUCAUGCUCACACUUAUUUAGAUAUAGUGAAACGUGCCGUGUUGAUAAGUUUGAUGUGGAUCGCUUUAUCGAUCGUGUUCCUGGCUGGAACAGAGAGGACUAAUCUGUUCUCGUUGGGUUAUUUGAUCGGUGCAUUCGUGUUCCUCUGGCAAGGAAGUGACUUUUACUUGAGGCCAGUGCAGACGAUUUUAACGUGGUGGCAUUUGUUGAUCGGUUACAACGUGAUCGUCAUAUUCUGCAAGUCUCUGUUUCAGGGUAUCGGUUGCGUGAUGAUAGAGCAGAUGCAAAUGAUAGCGUGUCCAUUCAUUCAAUUGUUCGGCAUAGUUUGUGUAAGAAAAUUCAAAAGUCCGAUCACAGAUUUGGUCCCGGAAAAAUUGGAUUGCGACGUGCCUGAGGAGGACAUAGGCAUGAUCUGGGACGGCUUGUGUUUCACCUUCCUGUUAUUCCAAAAACGAUUGUUCAAAAGCUAUUACUUCUUCCACAUAGUCAACGAAACGAAAGCUAUGAGCAUCCUGGCAUCGAGGGGCGCGGAAUUAUUGGAAGAGUUGCAUCAGAAACGCAUCGAGAUCCAAGAGAACGUCGAGAAGAACGUGUUGCAAAAGUUGAAAUUCAAGAUGGACAAGAUCAAGGAAAACCAGAGGAAAAUUCAAGGCCCCAGUUACAGGGAGCCAGAGAUACACGCAGUUGAUACUCUCUAUCCAAGGACACGGCCGUUGUACAGAGUUCGCGCGCCAAAGACCAACAAAGAGGCUAUUAGAUCGGGUGACUAUUAUAUGUUCGACGAUCUGGACGACGACGAUGUCACUGACAUGAUCCCGGACACCGAGUCCGAGAAGAGGGAAGCGGAGAAACGUCGCGAGUUGGAGCAACGCGGAAGAAGAAUGACCAUUUCCGAGUUGAUGAACACGCUGAUUAAGACAGACAUUGAGAUCGCGACGCACGUCGCCCUGUACGGAGGGACUGAAAAGGACGCGCUGAGACUACGUCGUCGGAGCGAGCCUUUAACAAGGAAGAAAUCGUCUAUGUCGUAUCUCAGUGCACGUUCCGAGACCGCAGUGGCCACCGAUGCUGCUGAUGCGACAUCAGCAGACGUAGAAACCGAAGAGAAGGAUGUAUCCACGGAGGAACGUGAGAAGACACCGGAAGUGUUGGACGUUGAAGAAGAUAAAAGGGACGAAAAGGAUAUACCAACGAAGCAAGAAAGAAUAUCGAUCGCGACGUAUUUCAAGUUUCUCAUAGUAAUAAUUAAUAGCACCUUCAUAUCGAUGACAAGAUACCUGAAUCGAUUUUCACGGGAUUACAGAUACAUUCGAAAAGUUUUAACGAAAGAGAAAAAAUUAUUGAAGGCAAAGCCAGAUCUACAAAUGGGGAUGCGACUUGGUAUCAAUCAAAUGUGGCAGCCAAUAAAUUUUCUGAAAAAAGAAUCGACUAAUGGAAAUACCGAGGAAAUUCACGAUGCUGGUGAAGGUCCUAGCCAACCACGGCCGCAAGAACGGAGCACACUUUUCUCCGAGAUUUCGCCUGUUCAACACGAUGAUGACCGUGAUGAAUUAUCAGAAGCCGACCAACCACCAAUUAUACAAUUCUUGGCGUCUAUUUGGUUUGCAAUUUUGUCGCAUUCGUCUCUAUUUUGUUACUUCAUGGUAUUCCUUCAUCAAAUUAAAAAUGCAUCUGUUCUUUCCACCCCUCUACCUCUCAUGGUAUUCUUCUGGGGUUCGUUAACCAUCCCUCGACCCUCGAAAACGUUUUGGAUAACGUUGAUCGCGUACACCGAGGCAAUUGUCAUAGUGAAGUGCAUUUUUCAAUUGGAAGUAUUGCCCUGGAAUCGAGAUUCUGCACUCAAUAAUCUGCACCCUCUCUUCACCCCUAGGAUUAUGGGGGUUGAACGCAAAUUUAAUUAUGCUCUGUGGGACUUAUUAUUGCUGCUCGUGGUAUUCUUCCACAGAUUUAUGCUGAAAUCAUUGGGUCAAUGGACAUCUUUGUCUUUGAAACCAAGAAAAAUUAUUCCUUCGACUUUGACCAUAGUUCCAUCUAAACCACCACUACCCGAAAGAGGCCAAGGAGAGCCUGUAACAUUACGAAACGAAACGAGGGAUAGCAUUCGGCCGACGACGCCUAAGGGAAGAAUUCUGAACCUUCAACCUGCAGUGAUUGAUGGUGAAAGUGUGCGAGUCAGUGAUGAGUACGAGCAACUUGUCGCGGUUCAAGGGGAAGAAAUCAGUCCUAUGGAGGAAGAGUUUAACAAAGUUAUGAAAUUAACGGCCAUCAAGUAUAUAGAACCAAUAAAACAUUUUUUCCGUAAAAUCAUCAGCCCAUAUGGAAAAGAAAAGACGAACGUAUACGCGUACAUGUUCCUCUGCGACUUUUUUAACUUUUUGCUGUUCAUUUUUGGAUUUUCUGCGUUUGGAACGCAACAAGGUGAUGGCGGUGUCGCAGCUUAUUUGCAAGAAAAUAGAGUCCCGAUGCCGUUUCUAUUGAUGCUGCUAUUACAAUUCUCGUUGAUAAUUAUCGAUAGAGCCUUGUUUUUAAAGAAAUCGAUCUUAGGCAAACUAAUUUUCCAUUACUUCCUAACAAUUGCCAUUCACAUUUGGAUGUUCUUCAUUUUGCCAAGUGUAACUGAAAGACGAUUCAACGAGAGGCUUCCGCCGCAAAUUUGGUACAUGGUCAAGUGUUUCUACCUCUUAUUAUCAGCCUAUCAAUUAAGACAAGGCUAUCCGACGAGAAUACUUGGUAAUUUCCUGUGCAAGAAUUACAGUAUUGUCAACUACGUUUUAUUCAAAGGAUUCAUGUUGGUCCCAUUCUUGUUCGAGUUGAGAGCAGUAAUGGAUUGGAUAUGGACGGAUACUUCCAUGACAAUAAUGGACUGGUUCAAAAUGGAAGAUAUCUUCGCCAACAUUUAUCAAAUCAAGUGUAUGCGAGGGUUGGAAACAGAUUGGCCUCAACCACGAGGCGAGAAAAAGGGUCAGAUAAGCAAAUAUUUAAUGGGUGGUGCUGCUCUCUUUUUCAUGAUCGGAUUAAUAUGGUUCCCUUUGCUCUUAUUCGCCCUCGGUGGCACCGUCGGCAUCUCCAAUCUGCCAUACGACGUUUCCAUGAAAAUUAGAAUCGGCUCUCACGAGCCCAUUUACUCCAUGUCGGCGCAAGGCCAAUCCAUCAUGGAAUACAGCGAAGUCGAUUACACGAUAUUGACCAAUUUGUACGCGAGAGAAAAAGCUGCCGUCAUUUUUCUCGAGAACUAUGUACAUUCUGAUGUUGCCGCUGUGAGAUUGAGCGGAUUCUCUAGAAAAUUAUGGAAUAUAUCCCCGCCAGAUAUGGAAAUAUUGAUAGCGGAAUUAAAAGAUAAUGAAACAACCGUCAUUGUUCACGUGGAGUGGACGGUGUCUCGGAAGACAGACGUGAAAGACGCGACUGGAAUAACCACGACGGUUCGAGACAUAAAAUUGAAACCGUAUGAAAACAAUGAAUUUAAUCCCGUGAGAGAAACGCUAGCCAAUAUACUUUCCAACUUAACGGUCCCCCAUAAUAGCACUAUCAUAUUGCCGUAUGCUUUUCCAAAAUUUCUGAAAGUAACCGGUCGAACCACCACCAUCGUUCCACAAUUAAUGAUGCCGAAAUGGAUGGAUGAGAAAAUAGUAAACGAUAAUCAUCUGUAUAGAAACAUUAGUCUCUUUUUAUCUUCGGAACCGGAUUGUUGCUCGCAUAAAAAAUGGUGGAUUGUUAACGAAGUCUGUAACGACACUUUGUACGAACGUUUAUUAAGCAGAGUGCCUCUAAACGAUUGCAAAUACAUCAUGAUGUAUUUGUUCAACGAUAAAACGUUCCCCGAAGGAUUGAGUUUUAUCAGUGGAUUAGGAAUCUUAGGUUUGUACACUACAGCGGUAAUAGUCAUAAGCCAAAUGACCAGGAAGGUGGUCAGUGACAUGGCGCCAAGAAUUAUGUUCGAUGAUCUGCCCUACGUUGAUAGGAUACUUCGAUUAUGCUUGGAUAUUUAUUUGGUCCGUGAAAGUGGAGAAUUGAGUCUCGAGGAAGAUUUGUUUGCCAAAUUAAUAUUCCUUUAUAGAUCACCAGAGACGUUGAUCAGGUGGACAAGGCCUCCCGAGGAAGGGGAGAGGACUGAUAACGAAGAUCAAGAUGAGGACGUGGAUGAGGAUGCUGCGAUAUCUCGUGAAGUAUCUCAGCAAUAAAUUGUCGAACGUUUAUAAGGAUAUAAAUGUUGCUACGAACGAAACAAUAUUUGGCCUGUUCUUUGGCCAAAGAACUUUUGUUGAGUCAAAGAUUUUGAAUAUUUUAUCACUUGCGCGAAGUGAAUUCAUUAUCAGUAAUUUCGAAUAGUUUCGGAUAAGACAAUAGUUCGCGCACUUAUUGCGAAAGUGACGCGAAGAACGAUUCGAAAAAUUCGAAAAACUCAGGAAUUUAUUAUAACCAUUGUUUAUUGUUAAAGAAUUGAUUAACGAAGAUCGUUCCUAUCUUCGAAUAUAUUAUAUAUUAUAAAGAUAUGUAUAUACGCAAGUAAUGCAGAGAGGAAAUUUAAUUAUAAUUAGAA